AUGAUCAACAACAGGAACGAGAUUCCGACACCAGACGCUGCACGUCAUCACCCACAUCUAAAGGCUAUAGAGAGCCUCAUACCGCCAUUGGAUACGGAAGCUCAGAUUCUGCUUCUACUGGGAAGAGACAUCCUGAGAGUCCACAAGGUGCGUCAGCAGUGCAAUGGGCCUCCUGAUGCGCCCUUCGCUCAACGACUAGACCUAGGAUGGGUGAUCAUAGGAGACGUCUGCCUAGGUCGCACACGCAAGCCGGACUGUGUCACCAACUUCAAGACAAAUGUGCUCGAAAAUGGACGACCCUCCCUUUUUGAACCAUGCCGCAACCAUUUUCUCGUCAAGGAGAAAUUCACUGAUCCCGUCAAUCCAACCCAGCAUGUACCACCUACCCAAGGUAUACCCAUCAAAGACUACUCCGUCGAAGAAACGACAGACACGUUGUUCCAGACGACAAAGGACGAUGACCAACCAGCUCCAUCGGUGGAGGACAGAAAAUUCCUAAACAUCAUGGACAAUGAAGUCUUCAAAGAUGAGUCAUGCAGUUGGGUAGCCCCUCUUCCUUUCCGCGUGCCAAGACCUCGGCUUCCUAAUAAUAAGGAGCUUGCACAGUCUCGUCUUGCAUCACUGCGACGCACACUGCAGAAGCGACCAGAGAUGAAGGAGCAUUUUGCGACAUUCAUGAACAAGAUGUUCAGGAAUGGCCACGCAGAAGAAGCCCCACCGCUAAGAGAAGAAGAGGAAUGCUGGUAUCUUCCAAUCUUUGGUGUGUAUCACCCACGCAAACCAGGCGAAACCAGGGUCGUGUUCGACUCAAGUGCUCAGUUCAAGGGAACUUCUCUGAACAAUGUUCUUCUCACAGGACCAGACUUGACCAACAACCUGCUGGGCGUCCUGAUUCGUUUUAGGAAAGACUGCUUCGCUGUCACAGUGGACAUUCAGCAGAUGUUCUACUGCUUCCUGGUACGAGAAGACCAUCGAAACUACCUGAGGUUCUUGUGGUUUCGCAACAAUGACAUCCACGACAAAGUGGUGGAAUAUCGGAUGAGAGUGCAUGUCUUUGGUAACAGUCCAUCACCAGCAGUGGCUACAUAUGGACUCCGGAAGACAGCACAGGAAGGAGAGGAAGAAUUCGGCAAAGAUGCCAGGGAGUUCGUCGAAAAGAACUUCUACGUAGACGACGGGUUGAAGUCUCUCCCUACGGCAGAUGGUGUCAUCGACCUGGUGAAACGCACGCAACAAAUGUUGGCAGUUUGUAACCUAAGGCUUCACAAGAUAGUAUCAAACAGCAGCAGAGUGAUGGAAGCUUUCCCCAAGGAGGACCACACAAAAGAUCUAAGGGAACUCGACCUGAGUCACGACAUUCCACCAAUCCAACGCAGUCUUGGAAUUUGCUGGGACGUAAAGAAGGACGUCUUCACCUUCAGGGUUCCAGUUCAGGACACACCAUUCACCCGGCGUGGUGUCUUGUCAAUGGUGAACAGCGUGUACGACCCAUUUGGAUUCGUGGCUCCAGUUACCAUACAAGGGAAGUCUCUCCUACGAGAACUCGUCACAGAAACCUGCGAGUGGGAUUCCCCACUUCCUGAAAACAAGAGGAAAGAGUGGGAGAACUGGAAGGAUUCCCUUCAGGCUUUCGAGCAGCUAGAAGUGCCUCGCACUUAUGCGGCCGUUUCACUUAGCACAGCUCAGCAGAAGGAAGUGCACAUCUUCUCAGACGCCUCGACCAAGGCUGUAGCAGCUGUGGCGUAUCUGAGAGCCACAGACUCGGAUGGUGCGUGUCAUGUCGGCUUUAUAAUGGGCAAGGCUAAGCUAGCACCGCGUCCACAACACACCAUUCCAAGGCUCGAACUGUGCGGUGCGGUACUGGCUGUGGAGCUGGCAGAGCUCAUUCAGAAAGAAAUAGACACACAACUAGAUGUGGUGCAUUUCUACACCGACAGCAAGGUGGUUUUGGGCUACAUACACAACCAAACAAGAAGAUUUUACGUGUAUGUCGGCAACAGGGUCGAACGCAUCAGAAAAUCUACACAACCAGAGCAAUGGCAUUACGUUCGGACCGAUGCAAAUCCUGCAGAUCUUGCUACAAGAUUCGUGCCCGCAGCCCGGCUACAGGAGACGGCUUGGCUGACUGGUCCAGAGUUCUUAAAUCGUCAAGAAGAGUCUUCAUGCGUCUUGCAGAACGAGUUUGAGCUGAUGGACCCAAACACUGAUGCCGAAAUCCGGCCCGAAGCAAGCGUCUCAGCCACCAGUGUGACCACAAAUGGACUCGGGACUAAUCGUUUCAGUCGUUUUUCAAGCUGGCCUAGACUGAUGCGUGCAGUGGCAUACCUCAUACGUGCUGCUGGCAACUUUCGGUGCCCUUCUCGAGCCGACGAAGCUGACCUGCCACGUGGCUGCCUUCAAGCAGGACAGCUAUCUGUCGAGCAUUUGUCUCUUGCAAAGAAUCUCGUCAUUCGCUCCGUCCAACUAGAAGCAUAUGCAAAUGAGCUCGAGUGUUUGUCACAGGGGAAAGGAGUCCAGAAAUCAAGUCCACUUUGGAAACUGGAUCCUCGUAUUGAUGACAAGGGCUUGCUGAGAGUCGGUGGUCGCCUCAACAACGCACAGCUGAGUCAAGAGGAGCGGAGACCUCUAAUCAUACCUGGUAAACACCACGUCGCCUUGCUGCUUGUAAGGUACUACCAUGAGCAGAUCAAGCACCAAGGUCGACACAUUACUGAGGGAGCAAUCAGAUCCGCAGGUUUCUGGAUCAUCGGAGCAAAACGCUGCAUAGCGUCGUACAUACACGGGUGCGUCAUGUGCUGCAGACUGCGAGGAAGACAGCUGGACCAGAAGAUGGCAGACUUGCCAGUUGAUCGACUCAGUACAGAACCCGCAUUCACAUAUGUGGGGGUUGACGUUUUUGGACCAUGGAACGUGACUGCACGUCGAACUAGAGGUGGAGAAGCCAGCAGCAAACGGUGGGCUGUGCUGUUUACGUGCAUGAGCAUUCGGGCGGUCCACAUUGAAGUCAUAGAGUCCAUGGAUGCUUCAAGUUUUAUUAACGCUCUCAGGAGAUUUUUCGCACUCAGAGGACCUGCGAAACAGCUGCGAUCCGACUGUGGAACCAAUUUCGUCGGAGCAUGUUCAGAGCUCAACCUGAGAACUAGUGGUCUCGACAACGACAAAGUACAAGCAUUCCUUUCAAGCCAAAAUUGCAGUUGGGUGUUCAACCCUCCUCAUUCUUCCCACUUUGGAGGAGCUUGGGAGCGGAUGAUCGGAAUCGCACGUCGUAUUUUGGAUUCCAUGUUGUUGGAACACGGACCGAGCCGUCUCAGCCAUGAAGUUCUGGUGACAUUUUUGGCAGAAGUUUCAGCAAUCAUAAAUGCUAGACCUCUUGUUCCUGUUUCGAUGGAUCCGGAAUGCUGGGACAUCUUGUCUCCGUCUACACUCCUUACCCAGAAGGUUGGUGGAGACACGUUACCACCCAGCGAGUUCAACGUCAAGGAUCUCUACAGAAGUCAGUGGCGUCAAGUGCAGUGGUUGGCAGACUCCUUUUGGCACCGUUGGCGACGUGAGUUCCUGACAACGCUUCAGAGCCGUCGCAAGUGGCAGGAUAGCCGUCGAGACCUCAAGGAGGGUGACAUUGUGCUCCUAAGGGACAAACAGGUUCACCGCAACGAGUGGCCUAUGGGUGUGAUUGUGAACACUUUCCCGAGUGCGGACGGAAAAGUACGGAAAGUCGAAAUCAAGACGGCGACCAGAGGAGAACUAAAAACUUUCCGACGGCCAGUCACUGAGACUGUCCUUCUCAUCUCAAAAGAAGACUGA